CGAGGCCGGGCGCCUGCCGCUCCAGUGCCCCAUCCCGGGCUGCCGGCACCGGUGGAAGGCGCAGUUGGUGGCGUGGGCCCUGGACGAGGCGCAGCUGCAGCGCUACAACAACACCGUCAGGGGCGUUCGGGAGCUCAGGCAGCGGGCGAGCGCAUCCUCCGGGCCUCCCCCGCCCGCGGGCGGCGCGGAGCCGACGUCGCCCAGGACCGCCGAGGCACUGCGGCAGCUCGGCGUGCGCGUGUGCCCGCAGUGUGCCUCCCCGAUCGAGAAGCAGGGCGCGGGCCUGGGCCACGGCUGCGACAAGAUGACCUGCCGCUGCGGCUGCCAAUUCUGCUACGCGUGCGGCGCCGUGGCAGGUCCCGGCGGCGCUCCACGCUGCAAGUGCGUGGGCGACCACCAUUCCUACCUGCCGCACAGCAGCGUGAUGAACGACUACAGGGACGCGCCCGAUAGAGCCGGGCUCUUCGGCGGCGCCUUCGGGCACGGCGGCCCCUUCGGUGGCGCGUCGCCUUUCGGCGCCCCGCACUUCGGCGCGCCGCUGUUCGGCGCGCCUCCGUUCGGCGCGGCGCCCGGCGGGGCGCCCCCGGGCGCCGCCGCGGCGGGCUCCGGGGGCUGGCCCCCGGAGAUGCAGAGCCUCUUCGCCGGUUUCGCCAACCAGGGUGGCGCGGCUGGUCCCGCUGGCGCCGGUCUUCCUGGCUUCGCCAGCCAAGGCGGCCUCGGCGCCUUCCUGCGCCAGGCCGCGCAGCACGCCGCGGCGGCGGCCGGGCCGCCUCCGGCCCCUGGCCGGCGCUGAGCUGCGCGGAGGGGGCCGCUCGCGGCGCGGAGGGCUCGCUCGGCCGGCCGAGCGGGUGCCGCAGAGCAGCGCUCGGCGCCGAGCCUUUGUUGUUUUUUCCCUCUCGGGA